AUGAAGGCGCUGAGUACCCUGGGCGCGCGGCCCUUGGGCCGCCCCCCUGCCCAGUUUCUCCUGCUCGCGCGCGGCCGAAAAACCCGCCACGAUCCGCCGGCCAAGUCCAAGAUCGGGCGCGUGGCGACCCCGCCCGCCGUGGAUCCUGCGGAAUUAUUCGUGCUGACGGAGCGUUACCUGCAGUACCGCCAGACGGUGCGCGCCCUCAGAAGGGAAUUCGUGACCGAGGUACGCAGGAAGGUGCAUGAGGCCCGAGCCGGUGUCCUGGCAGAGCGCAAGGCGCUGCAGGAUGCCGCUGAGCACCGCGAGCUGAUGGCCUGGAACAAGGCAGAGAACCAGCGGCUGCAUGAGCUGCGGAUGGCCAGGCUGCGGCAGGAGGCGCGGGAGCAGGAGCGGCGGCAAGCGGAGGAGGCGGCUCGGGAAGCCCGAGAGGCGGAGGCCUGGGCCCAGCUCAAGAAGCGGGAAGUGCUGCAGCUGCAGGAGGAUGCAAAAGACUUCAUCACCCGAGAGAAUCUGGAGGCGCGGGUGGAAGAAGCUCUGGACUCCCCCAAGAGCUACAAUUGGGCCAUCACCAGAGAGGGGCUGGUGGUCAAGCCACAGCACAAGGGCUCCUGAGGUCCCAGUGAGGACAGUACCCACCCAGGGACCAUGGAAGUAAAGGGGUUAGGCCUGAUCUGAAAUAAAGCAGUUGGUGUUU